GCGAAGAUGGACGAUUCCGCCCUACGCCUCCGCGGUGCUCCACGGCGCGCCUGUGACAAUUGUCGCCAACGAAAGAUCCGCUGCAAUCGCGAGCUGCCAUGUGACAGAUGCCUCGACAUCUCGUUGGUCUGUCUGUACAAUGAUAUCGCACGCCGAAAAGGGCCCAAGGGCCGCAAAGUUCCCGUCUUAACCUCGCUGUGUUCAACAGUGAAACCAGACAGCUCGUCAACUCUGACUCACGACUCUCAGUUCAUCCAGAAUGUGUCUUCCGAAAUGUCACCACCGUCUCUAGCGUCGUUGGAUGCCGGCCUUUGCUCAGCUUACUAUGAAGUUUCGCUGUUACUGUCUGAAGUAUUCCCUGCUGCUCCGAGCCCGGUACCACGGCGGAUCUCCUCGCUGCAGCUUCAAGCGUAUGUCCAGGUCUUCAUGAGAUAUCUAUAUCCCAUCAUGCCAGUUGUGGAUAAGAAUGCGCUCCUGCUGGAUUGUACCAAUUCUGAAGCCCUGGAGACCCGUCGCUAUGCACUUCUGGUUGCUCUCUCCGCUGCUACCCAUAUACAAUUAAACCUCGAUUUUGCGCAAGGAAUUGCCGGAGUCAGUUUACUCCCGUCAGGACAGACCCUUGUUAGUGAAGCGUUGCAGGCGUUGCGUCAAAUCGACCCCCUCGAUGACCCACAUGUCGACACCCUACUUACCGUAUUUUUCUUGUUUGCUGCGUACGGGAAUCUCUGCGAACAGCACCGGGCCUGGCAUUUUCUCAACCAAAGCAUUUCUUUUUUGUACAUGUUGCAGCUAAAUAUGGAGUCUACUUACAUGACACUUAACCAGGAUGAAGCUGAAACGCUACGGAGAAUCUACUGGCUUCUUUUUAUCACAGAACGUGCCUAUGCCCUCCAAACGACGCGACCCAUUAUGCUCCGUGCUACAAUCCAGAAGCCUGCUGUCUUCCGGUCUGACUCGCCAGUAACCAUGUAUGGCUUGAGCAGCCUUAUCUCGCUCUUCGGGAAAAUUUCCCCUGAUCUCUACGAGUGGAACAUCUGCGACGUAGGGGAACCAUACGACAUGUCAUCUAUAGCGAAUAUGUAUAAGUCUAUCGCAUUUGCAUCGCCUCUACUAGCUGAGGCUUCCGAAACGAGCCAGGUUGAUUUUAUUCUCACGCAACAGUGGCUUCAAACCUGCCUGUGGCGGCUUUAUGUCGAUCAACGAUACCUCUGCCAAGCGCGGAGUAACACGGAUCUCCCUACAAAACUACCAGCAAUGGCAGGAAAGAGCGUCCUGGCUUGUUUGUCAUCAGUAGCUCAGAAGUCAACUGACGCCCAUGGAAUUGAAGCAGUAUGUUAUGUCGUCCCCUUUAUCUACCUCUCUCAUUCACCGACUUUCUACUUUCAUAAGAGAUUUCUGUAAAUGCAAAGCUAAAUAUCAUGCAUUUAUGCCGCUGAAAACGCAUAAAAGGAACAAAAAUUAUAUGAUAUUGGGGAAUGCAUAUUUCAACUCGCACAACAACUGUCUCCUAAGACAGUUGCAUCACUGAAGGCAUCCACUGUUGACGUGAGAGAUGUCUCGUUCGGCAUUCUCUCUUCAUUAUCCCGAAGUCGAGGAUCCCAGUCGUAUUUAUUUCCCCCGCUACUCCAGCAGUCU